AUAGUUGCAGUCCUACGUCUGUAGUUCAUGCAUGUGUCUCAUGGUUACAUGGGUAGGGCCUGAUAAGGCCAGAGAUCUUCCAGAUUACCAGGCAGUAUCAGGGGUAACAAGUCCUGUCAGCGUUGUCGGGAGCGGAGAUGACUGUAAGAACUAGAUCCAGACGCUGUUGACAUUUGUGGGAAUUCAACAGUGCUGCAGUCAGGCUGCUGAAACUGAGGCACACACAUUCAGCACAGGCUGCUCCAGCAUUAUUGCCAAGGACACGUCCGUGAAGAUGUACAUGGACAGACGCUGCAUCUCUACUCUCAUCAUCCCUGUGUGGUCUCCCCGUCAGUGACGCCUUGACUUUGAAACGAUCGACACAGGGAAGAGUAGGAUUUUUUUUUCACGGAGGAAGAUGUUUUCUCCCACACACUCAAUGCACAGGACUCUACUCCUGGAGGCGAAACGGAGGAAAGAAACGGGAGAUACCAAAGUGGCUGUGUACAAGGCACGGGACGAGACAGAUUAUUCAAAGAGAGGAGACUACGAGAUGUCUGUGGACAAGGAUGAACUGAAGCAAAGGCUGACCCCCCUGCAGUACUCAGUUACCCAAGAGCAUGGAACUGAACGGGCUUUCACGGGCGAGUAUUACAAGUUGAAGGAUGACGGCCUCUACCACUGUGUUGUUUGUGAUGCAGUUCUGUUCAAAUCAGACACCAAGUACGAUUCUGGAUCAGGCUGGCCCUCUUUCUAUGACUUGGCUGAGAAGGGCAUGGUGAAAUUACACCGGGACUCCUCCCACGGAAUGGUCAGGACAGAGUGUGUCUGUGCCAAGUGCGGUGCCCAUCUGGGUCACGUCUUUGACGAUGGACCUCAGCCAACUGGACUGCGCUACUGCAUAAACUCGGCUUCCCUGAAGUUCGACCCCAAGAAGAAGCCCGAAAAGUCCGAUUUAUAGCCCUGCAUUUCUCCCCUCCCCCCCCAAAAGUCUUAUAUUUUGAUACAAAAAAAUACCAAGAGUAGCUGUAUCUAGGGAAACAAAUAACUGAUGUAGGCCUUAAAUUCAUUUGUGUAAAGCAGGUAAGAAAAAAUGAAGUGGGUCACUGAAUGCGAUGUGGUGGGAAGGCAAAUGAAAGAUGUUGCCAAUUGUUGCAAGCUUGACGAGUGUUUUUUCGCACAAUUCCUAUUUUUAAAAACAGACUUGCAGGUUAAGCAAAGGCUUUCCUCUAUCAUUGCCGUCCUCCAAGCUGGAUAUUUGAGGCAGAAUGUGUAGGUGCGACAGUCAGCUGUGUGUAAUGUAUGUGAUAUCCGAAGGAUAAACAUGGUAAUGUCAUGUAGACUUUAGAGUGUUUAGCAUUUAGUGCAAAGGGAAAUAAAGAUAUCUACUAGAUUAAUUUAUUAAUAUGCAUUAAGUAUUGCCAUAGAUGGAGAAAACUUUCCAUUUUAUGUAAAUUGUCUUUAAAAAUGCUGAAUAUAUAGGAAGGGCUUUUAAGAUUUUGGAUGAACAUUGUUUGAAUUGACCAUGUAGACUGUGCAGAGGAACAACUAUGCACUAGCCAGUUUAAAUCGAGUACAGCAGAGGGUAUUUAUAUAUUUUCAUAUGAAUGAGCACAAUCGGACACUUCAUGCUUACAUGGCAAUGCACUUCAAAUCUCUCCAGUACCAUACACGUCACAGACGCUACCUUAUAUUGGGACAACUGUAUAGGAACCACAUCUUUACAGAUAUUUUUUAAGGUGCUUGAAAGGUGUUAGAGGAAUUUUAGAAGUACAUAUCCUCCUCAGUGUUUGAAGUAUCUGUUUCAAUUUUGCAUGUUCUUUUCUUCGUCUGGUGUUUGUCUGGUAAUACUUGUCAAAAUGUUCUUGCCCUGUCUUACAUGUACUAAACAUGACUGCACACUGGAAUCAAAUGGCAGCAUUUACGUGUAACAUCUGUCAGUGAGCCCCAAGAUAUGCAAGUGGUUGAUUUAUUUUUGGACAAGGUCAAUGUAGCUUGGUAUAUAUCUCCGAGAACAAAAAAAACAAAAGAAUUGUACAAGGGAUACAAUUUCUGUUGUACACUUCUGGAUGUAUAUUAAAGUUUUGAUUUUUUCUUUGCAAUGUUGAAUGAACUUAAAAUUUUAUUCUCGAGAUUUCUUGCAUAAAAAAAUUAUUUGUUUGGUAACUCAA